CUUUCUAAUUGACAUUUUUUUUCUCAUAUUCUUGUUUCGAGUGAUUUAUUUUCACUUCAUCUCCUUUUUGUACUAAUAGUAAUGUUAUUCGACAAAUGGAUUUCACGAAAAAGCGGCGAGCGGAGAACUUUUAAAGACGACCACAAACGCUUUUAGUUAAGAACCACACAUUUUUCAAAAGUAAUCCCAGCAUUAUGAAUUUCUAAGUAUCAAUGAAGUGUAUCCAGCGGCCAAAACUAAACACUCCUCGAGAGAGUUCCAAGUAAAUCGAUUUACACAGUGUAUUUACUAAGUUAAGUCUAGGAAAAAAAAAACCUUAAGAAACGUUCUUCGACACCCGUUGUAGAAUGGUAGCUCUUAACUAGAAAUCGCCUUGAAAGCUACCAUCGCUUAUCGAAAUUGCUAAAAAGAUCGAAUCAAGAAAAUAUGAAUAUAAGAUCUUUGUUUUUAAAUCGAGUUAUCUUGUUUCAAAUUAAUUCGUGAGAAAUUCUUUUGUAGCUCCGCCUCUACUUUAAGUUCUAUCUCAAACAAAUUGAAUCUUUGAAAGUUAGCGUGAAUUACUUUCACGUGUAAUUGUACAGCAGGUAUAAACCAGUAAUAUUUCACGUUUUCCGAUUGUAAGAAUUUUACCUUCGUUUAUUUGUAACAAAUUUAUUUUGUUUUUAAGACUUAUCAACACUUCUAUAUCAGGCAUUUUUCUGAAUAUUUGCGAUAUUGUUUCUGUGAUAGCUUCGUAUCUUGCUCUGCUUUACAUAUUAAAAUACCUUCGGCAAUUUUAAAUGCCAUAUAUAGCUUUGAGUGAAUUAGUCCCAUUAUAAGAAAAGUACAAAUAUUUAAUUGACUGACGUGGAUUUGCACUUAGCCAGGUUCGCAAAGAAAUUGAAAUAUUCUAUUUUACGUGAUUAAAAUUUAAAACAGAAUAUUGCAAACACAUUCGAUUCCGUGAAUUACAAAAAAAAUCUCUUAAAAAAAAAAUUACGGUGCGGUAAAACGAUCUGUCUGAAAUGGAAAAUUAGGAAUCGACAUAAAAUCUCUCUAUUGGGAGAAAAUAAUGUAGUUUUUUCUUUCUCCCUGAAUUGAAAAAGCGGACAAACUUCAUUCAAAAUUUACAUCUUGGCAGCUUGUUCUUGUAAUGCUUUCGAAUACUUGUGAAAUUUACCACUAAAUAUGAUGAAGACUACGAGAAAAGAAUAAAUAAAAUCAUAAGUUUUUUUUCCGAAUAGAUUAAAAGAUUAAUUUGAAUUACCUUCUCCAAGAUUGGCGUAAAUCAAAAAUAAAAACAAAUCGUGCAAAAUUGUUGAAAUGCUUCGCAGAAACUAUCAAGUAAAGCUGGAAAAGAGUUUUCCAGAGCCGUUUUCGCAGGAACAAAAUCUUACAUUUAUUUCAAUAACAUGCGAUUUAUUUCUCAGCAAGAAACCUUUAAAGUGGUCUUAAUAAAAUCCUACCGCAACUGGCUUGACCGCAUUUACCUACAAGUUAUGAAAAAUUAAUCCUGAAAAACUCGUUUUAUUCAUUGAUCAACAAACUUCAUAAAUUUUCAAUGCUGAAUUUAUCGUGAAAUCUAUAUGCCAGCCAAACAGAUUCUACCUUGCGCUAAUGUUGUCGCUUCUUCUCUUUUUUUACGAGCCCAGAAGCAAUAAUAGGCAAGAAUUUCUCCAAUUGUUUGACGCGUAAGUAAAUAUUCAUUUGAAAGACAAUGCAGUUUCCCAAGGGUCAGUGUAAGCUGGGCGGCAGGUGUAUCGGGCGAAACACUGGUGAGCUCUACAGCAUGACAAUAACUUAACAAUCGAAACGCGUUAGAAUAAACUUCGCCAAAGAGACGACGUCUUCUCGUAUGAAGAAAGCGGUUAGCUCCGUGAUAGCAUUCCUGAAAAAGAAAAAGGAAGAUUUUUCGUUGCUAUUGGAUUCCACGCCGGCUAACUCUGACGUGUCCCUUCAGCAGGUCGACGCAGAAAAUGAAGAUGAAUUUGCAGUUAUUAAGACGUGCGCUAGAUGUGUUUUGGUUUACGAAAACAAAACAUGGAACGAAUGUGUUCUGCAGCGCUUGUUACAACAGCGUCACACAGCCAUCGAGCCGAACAAGGCUAAAACCAACCGCGCGGUGGAAAACACUAGAAACACUCGAUUUUCGGAUGAUUUUCACAAGAACCUUUGCGAUGGAUUCCUCGAUGGAAGCUGCGAUCAAACUUCAAUGUGGCUGACCUUCGAGACCUUGGUUUACGAGCAUGUUAUGCGACGUGGUUGCAACUCUUCGACUGAGCAGGAGUUUGGACCUCAUUAUCCGGCAUUUGUAUGGUUACGUAACUGUGAAGAAACGAGCGCGGUUCGAAAUCUCUAUGAGGAUGAAGAUAGCGUACUGAUAAAUGUGCGAUUAGAUUUCUCCUCAUUUGCAAAUUCUCAACUUCCGCUUCCUGAUUUAGCCUCGCGUUCAAAUAUGGAAAUAUGGGCUUUAGUGAAGAAGUUCCCCAAGCGUUCAAUUACCUUAAAAAUCGACGAAGAUUUAGUUAUUGGUUACUCAGCCGAUAUCUUUAACGUUGCGUUUUUGCAUAUUCCAUUUUCUGUUAAAGAACGACAAGCAAAAAUCGAAGCUAUUUUUCGCGCCAUUGACAAGAUCUUAGACAUGAGUGCCCACGUUGUCAUGGCCAGUGGUGAGUCGCCUGAGACUGCGAUCACUGUAAAGGAAGUUAUCAUUGAGACAGCCACCGUGGUGACGUCAACAGCAGCGGAAAGCACAGCAACGGUUGGCAUAGAAACGGCAGCGAUGGCGCUCGGUCAAGCUGCCGCUGGUAUUGCAAUAUCUGUGUUAGUCGAUGUUGCUCUUACUGCAGGUAGCGUCACGCGAUCCAAGUUACAGCGUGACAAAGGCUUAAUCACAAACUCGCAGUUCAAAUCCACUGUUAGACGAAAGUUGUGUGAUUCUAGUUGCCAGUUUAUUGGAGGCACCACUGGGACCAUCGUGGGGCAGGUGCUCAUACCGGUUCCUGUUGUAGGGGCCAUGGUUGGGGGUUUCUUUGGAAGUUUAAUCGGCGUUGGGGUCAGUAAGGGAAUUAUCAAGACCUCAGAACUCAUCGCCAAGGCCCAUAAUGCGAGAGCUAAGGCCAUCACUGACCAAUAGAUAGAGCGGCCUUGUGGUUUUGCUUCACUUUGCUCUGAUUGGUUAAAAAAAAAAGCUUGCACCAACUUAUCAACCAAUAAGAUGCAAAACUAAAAUGCACCAUGGGGUCACACGCGUUUGCCCGUGCUUUGUGACGUUGACCUGCAUUUGCCUCUUGUUCUCAUUGGUUCGUUGCGAUGUUUUGUGUAUGUACGUUGGCCGUUGUAAUUACUUUUGUGAUGGUUUUACGACACCUGUAAGCGAAAUGCUCUAUAAAAACUACGGUGCAUUAUUUUCACAGCGAGGGUCUCCGACCGUGAAAAUCUUCAACAAUGACCCGUGCCCUCUCGUAUGAGACCUACAUGUAACUUAUAGGAGGUACCUUAAGGUCUGCGCAUCUUAAAAGUGUUAGCCUAAAGUUUGUCGUUUGUAUUCCGUGUCAAUCUUCCCCAUCCUCCACCAUCCUUGUUCGUUUAUGGUUUACUUUUAUCUCUUUGGUGUUUUUCCAUAUCAGUAAACUAUCAUUUUCAGGUUUCCUUCAAUUUGAAGGUAAUUUUGUACAUGGCCAAACUGACUCAAAAUUACGUGACUGAGCUCCUUCAACUGCGUCCAGUGAUAAAGUUUUAUGUUAACACAACUCCUAACGCAGGAAGGUUGACUCGAUAUGUUAAGCUUACGGUUUCAUUGUAAAAAGGACUUUUCAAACGCUUAGUCUCGACAGCGGGGGGAUUCCUCUUUGAAGAGUAGCUUGCGAAAUGUCCCGUUUUGUACAUUAAAUAUUUUAUUUGAGGGACGAAAAAGAAUUUCUAUUUCCUCAUCUGCGAUUGAUAUGGGCUGGGAAAAGGGGAGAAUACUUUGAUAAAUACUAAAUAGUCUAAAUAUUUCCACAAGUUUCCUCUUCAAAAUUACAUUAAGUAAAAAGAAUUUUAAC